AUGACGACGACAUUUGGACAUACUGCUCGACAUAAGUUCUGGGACUUUGACUCGCAGAAUACGCCUCUGAACCACGGAUCGUUCGGAGCAACUCCCAAAGAUGUGGAGGAGAAACGGUUCGAGCUGAUCCGAAAGAUCGAGAAGAACACAGAUAAGUUUAUGCGAGUGGAUCUCUACAAGAUGGAGGACGAAACUCGAGAGUUGGUGUCUAAAUGGAUCAAUUCUGAGAAGCUCAACACGGUAUUUGUUCCCAACGCCUCUGUGGGCUUCAAUACCGUCAUUCGAAGUCUUCCCUUGAAGGAAGGAGAUGUGAUUGUUCACUGUAGCACUCUCUAUGGUGCAUGCGACAAGACUCUUCAGUUCAUGGAGAACCGAUACGGAGUCAAGUCGGCCAAAGUCGACAUCACUUACCCCGAAGAUAGUGACAAGGAUAUCGUGGAGAAGUUCCGAAAGGUGAUCAAGGAGAACCCCAAGACCAAGAUGGUCAUUUUUGACACUGUUUCUUCCAUGCCUGGCUGUCUUCUUCCUUUCAAUGAGCUUACUCAGCUUUGUAAGGAUCUGGAUGUCUUGUCUUUUAUUGAUGGAGCCCAUGGUAUCGGUCUUGUGGAGCUCAAUCUGAAGGAGAACGAGCCUGAUUUCUUCGUUUCCAACCUUCACAAGUGGGGAUACGUUCCACGAGGUGCUGCUGUGCUUGUAGUUGCAAAGAAGCAUCACAACAAGAUCCACACUUUGCCCGUUAGUCACACUUAUCUUGAUGAUGAGUUCGAGGCAGCUUCUGAACUGGACAAGAGCCGCCGUCUGGUCGACAGAUUCACUUUUGUUGGUACCACUGACUUCUCCACUCACCUCUCUACUCCUGCUGCUGUCAAGUUUAGAGAACAGAUUGGCGGCGAAGAGGCGAUCCGAAAUUACUGCUUCGAGCUGGCUAAGAAGGUGGGAACUUUUGCUGCCGACUUCUUCGGAACUGAAGUCCUAGAAAACGCCGCUGGAACACUCACAACCGCCAUGGUCAACAUCAGACUGCCCGUGAGCGAAAAGUGGCUCAAUGAGGCAUCUGCUGAAGAUAAGGAGCAUCUGCUCCAAGUGAUCAACACCUACCCUCUAGAGAACUUUGACACUUUUGUGCCUCCGGUUUUCCACAACGGCAAGCUGUACAUUCGACUUUCUUGUCAGGUCUAUAACGAGUUGUCGGACUAUAAGGUCGGUGUUCAGUCUGUCAAAGAGGCCCUUAAGCAAGUCCCUGGCGUUCUCGCUGAGUGA